AUGCCAAAAACCGAUGCCGUGUGCAGCUUGAGCUCGGAAUCCGAACAUGAGGCCAGGGAAGUGCCAGCAACUCCAAAGGAGUCCCAAGGCCACCCUGCAAAGAAACGCAAGGUUGCCCAACGACCUGACCCAGUCGACAAGGUUUCUGAGUUGUACCUUAGAUCGCUGCUCGGGAAGCAGUGCACAUGCAGCAAGAAGACUUGUCUGCAGCAGUUCAUUGAGCCGGAGUUGUUUAAGAGGCUGAUGUCUUAUCGAGAACAUUGGUUUGAUUUGGGGAAGCUUGACCAAGAUGCCUUCGCUUUUGACUGCAUGAAGCUGAUGAUUACUGAUUCUGGAGCCGAAGAUGAUGCUCCGAUCAUUUGGUAUCUGGAUGGUGUUCGCACAUGUUCCAAGCGUUGCACGAAUCUGUUCAACGCUGCGAGAAAAGGCGCAGCCUCCGCUCCGGUUGACCUUCGGUUCUUGAAGAAACCAAGAGCGCACACCAUGAUGGACUUUCAGAGUGUGAGAGCUGAUUGCGUCUCGUAUUUGAGCUCAAUCUACGAGUCCGUUGCUGAAGUCAUUCCAGAUGUCAGGGACUCUGACGCACCUGCUGAUGGUGAAGGAGCAAACGCUGGCCAAGUCAUUUUGGACGCCUAUGAGAUUGAGUUGCACAAGAACAUGGAUGAUGCCCCCGCAGAUUUGCCACCCAGAGCCCACCCACCUCCGAAGAAGAAAAAGGUCCACACGAAACGGCGAGGUGUAGAGAUGAAUCCUGACCGUUUAAGUUCACUGGAGGAAUGUGAAUCCCAUGAAGUACGCUUCCUCCCGCCCGGUUCCAUGAAGCAGUUCUGGGAGCAGUACAAGCUUGUGUCCAACUUGGAGAAGCCUGUGUGGCUAUCUGAGUUUCCAUUCCUGCGGAUCCGUCAAGACGGGCAACAUUCAAUUUGCCAGAUUUGCGUGAAACAUCAGACCAUGAUACGCGGCCUUGGUCAUCACCUCGGGGCCCGCAAAGCCCAACUUCUUCUUUUCCAUCAACACCUCCGUGCCCAAUAUUCUGAUCGCAUGCUAUACUGGGAAGCGCGUGGAAUGUCAAGGUUGCGAGGUCAUACCGUUUGCAUCAUUUGCGACGGUAUGGACCAAAGCAAAUGGGACCUACCGCGAUCUCGCAUUUUAAAAGGCAAAGACUUCUCCAACAUGCAGCGAGUCAAAAUGCAUGUGACCGGGUGCAUCGCACACGGUCAUUGUUGUAUGGUGGCAGUGUCCGCACCGGACACAAAAAAGGAUGGGAACGCAUCCGUGGAGAUUUUGGCACACAUGUUCACGCACCUGCAGCAAAGAGGUGUCCCGCUGUCGCAGACUCAUACCCCGGAUGAUGUGUGCAACACCAUCAACGAUUUUUUGCAGCAGGCGCACAUGCCCCACGAGAAGGACAGGAGAGUCAUCAGAAUGGAUACAGUGCGAGACUGGUCGGGGUUUUUGGCAGCCGGUGUUCCUUUCCGAUUGAAAGGAAUUGGUAUUGAGGCCAGAGAGAUUACUUCGACUUUGUGGGACUACCCGGAGCACCCUGACGAUGUGAUCCUAAGGACCAAACGAUACAUGGCCGACAAAGCAUUUGCAGACACGGUCCUGUUGUAUCCUCGGCACCUGGCUCUCGACCGUCUUUCAGUUGGGCUUCCUGCAGGUGUUGCUGACAAGCGUGCAAUCUCUGCUGACCAGCGGAAACACCUUGAGAAAUAUCUGCCAGCCCUCCGGUGCAUGAUCACCCCGGGCCCACAACAACUUGGAAGUGCUUCUAGAGCCCAGACGGAUGCAUUCUACAUUGAGCCCAAUAUCUUGAAGUUGGUGAAUCCAAACGCUGAUGACGCAAAGGUUGUGGCUUCUUAUGUGAAGCGUGCGCGUGUGAGAAUCACUCACCAAGCUGCAGCAAAAGCUUGGGCUCACGGUGUGCCGUGGGCUGAAGCUCUCAGGGUGGCAACCAAAGCUGUGGCCGCAGGAAAGGCAGUUGCCAAGAAACCUUUGGCCACCAAAAAACGUGGGGGCAAAGGUAAAGGCAAGGGAAAAUGA